GCAAGGCUGCCCCUGCCCUGCUCGCAAGGCCAUGCCUUGGCCGCAUGCUCGCAACGCCGCCUCGCCGCUGCCGAAGCCGCGCCCGCCCCUGCCCUACUCGCAACGCCGCACCGCCCUCUCCUGCUGAAGCCGCGCGCCCGCACCCGCCCCUGCUGGAGCCGCGCUCGCCUCGGAUCUCCAGAGCCGCGCCCGCAUCGGACUGCCGGAGCUGCGCCCACCCCCGACCGCCGGAGCCACGCUCGCGGAUCCGCUACCGCCAGAGCCGCGCUCGCCGGAGCCGCGACCGCUGGAGCCGCGCUCGCCGGAGCCGCGACCGUCGGAGCCGCGCUCGCCGGAGCCGCGACUGCCGGAGUCGUUGGAGGGUCGUCCCUGUGCUUGCUGAUCCAUUCGUCUCCAACAGACUGCAACCCAAGGAGGACGUUAGGUCGUGGGAGCACAGGCGUUCCUCAAAGCCGUGGGUCUGCCUGCAUCGCUAGCCUGACUUCACCGCCACCCAAG